CAGAGCCGACAUCAGCCAAAGGCAUCGUUUCUCUCUGUAGUCUCUCUCUCUCAAAUCAAAUCCCAAUUGCUUUCCCUCUUUGUUCUAGAGACUUCUUGCGUGCUCCACUCCAUAUCAAUGGCUUCCGAUCUGGAAACUAGGGCUAAAGAAGCCUUCAUCGACGACCACUUUGAGCUCGCCGCUGACCUUUAUACUCAAGCCAUCGCCAUUAGCCCUAAUAACCCUGAGCUUUUCGCUGACCGUGCUCAGGCCAAUAUCAAACUCAACUACUUCACUGAAGCUGUUGUUGAUGCGAACAAGGCCAUUGAGUUGGAUCCUUCAUUGUCAAAAGCAUAUUUGCGUAAGGGGUUGGCCUGUAUGAAGCUUGAGGAAUACCAAACUGCAAAGACAGCUUUGGAAAAGGGUGCUAGUUUAGCACCGGGAGAAUCAAGGUUCACAAAGCUAAUAAAAGAAUGUGAUGAACGCAUUGCAGAGGAAGCUGGAGAACUCCCUAAUCAGUCUGUGAAUAAAGCCUCGGCUAAUGUUAGUGCACCUUCUGCAUCUGAGUCGUCGGACAAUGUUGCGAUUGCGCCUAAAGAUGCUCAACCAACUGUCAACCUGUCUUCUCAAGGAUCUUCUGCAUCUGAGUCGUCGGACAAUGUUGCGAUUGCGCCUAAAGAUGCUCAACCAACUGUCAACCUGUCUUCUCAAGGAUCUGCUGCUAAACCAAAAUACAGGCAUGAAUUUUUUCAGAAACCAGAGGAGGUGGUGGUGACUAUAUUCGCCAAGGGCAUACCAGCCAAGAAUGUUGUUGUUGACUUUGGUGAACAAAUACUUAGCGUUAGCAUUGAUGUGCCAGGCGAAGAAACUUAUUCUUUGCAGCCUAGGUUGUUUAGCAAGAUAACACCUGCAAAAUGCAGAUAUGAGGUGAUGUCUACCAAAAUUGAGAUCCGCCUUGCGAAAGCGGAACCGCUACACUGGACAUCGCUCGAGUAUACAAGGGAGCCUGUUGUAGUUCAGAGGCCUAAUGUAUCAUCAGUUGCCCCGCGGCCCAGUUAUCCUACCUCGAAACUGAGAAAUGUGGAUUGGGAUAGAUUAGAAGCUGAAGUGAAAAAAGAGGAAAAAGAUGAAAAAUUGGAUGGGGAUGCAGCAUUGAACAAAUUCUUCCGAGACAUCUACCAAGAUGCCGACGAGGACACCAGGAGAGCCAUGAUGAAAUCCUUUGUGGAAUCUAAUGGGACCGUUCUGUCCACAAACUGGAAAGAAGUUGGCACAAAAAAGGUUGAAGGAAGCCCUCCUGAUGGCAUGGAGCUGAAGAAAUGGGAGAUCUAGAAGUCAAGUUCCUAAUCUUUUUUAACUGUUCUUUUUUCAGCUGUGUCAUUCUUGCUAUUUCAUUGUAGAAGAAUUUGUUCAUAUUUUCUUAUCUGAGGUUUAAAUUUUGUUCUCUGUUGUCGGAUUGAGACUCCUGAACUCGCUUACAGCUAUAUACAUUUUGUGAAGGGCGUUGGAAUUGUGAACAGCUUUCCUUUUUA